AUGUCCGACAGCAGUGCAGCGUCCGUCGAGAUCAACGACGCCCUUUUCUGCACUCACUUCAAGGAAGUCUGCGCUGCCUGCUCCUUCGACGGACGGGAAGAGAAUGAUUCCUUCUUCGGCUUCGACCCCAUCGACCGCGAAGGCCUCGAGGCGCCGCCGUCGAGCGUGAACAAGGACGGCCAGUACCAGUGCAAGAAGCAUGGUUCCGCCGCUUGUACGCAGUGCUUCGGAUGGAAGAAGCAGAUCACGCGUGCCAGGACGGCCGCAAAGAAGGCUGGUAAGAAGUCGUCA